CCGUCGUCUGCUGAUGUAAUUUGGCUAUAGAGGAAGGAAAAUACAGUUUAAAAUCGAUUUUACGUACUCUGGAAAAAUCACGUUUUAACGUGGACUGCACACUUGUGCAUUUCCAUACAAUCCGCGUCUUAUUGAUAAGCCACUAGCAUCAGUCUCUGCGGAAUCCUUUUGCUCCAGAAUCGUGGGACUCCGUCGAACAACCUUCCAUGCAGCAAUCCAAUACGUUUCUUUCCACCAGUCGAUCUGCUUGAGGUAACUCCUCACCCCCCCCCUCCCCUUCCCUAUUCCAUCUCCUGAACACCUCUCCUGCCCCCCCCCACCUACCUUUCCUUCUAACGCUCCCUUACAUCCCUAACCCAGUGGCCCUCUGCCCAAAGCGGGUUCGUCUCGCUUCCCUCAGCAUCCCUAGCCUACCUGUCUGGGAGGUGGCUGAACAAUCACCUGACACACCGACCAUGUCAUCCAUCUUGCCAUUCACCCCGCCGGUGGUGAAGCGCCUGCUCGGCUGGAAGAAAUCGGCAAGUGGCUCUGGUGGAGCUGGUGGCGGCGGCGAGCAGAAUGGCCAGGAGGAGAAGUGGUGUGAGAAGGCUGUGAAGAGCCUGGUGAAGAAGCUAAAGAAAACAGGGCAACUAGAUGAGCUGGAGAAGGCUAUCACCACACAGAACUGCAACACCAAGUGUGUGACCAUUCCCAGCAAUUGCUCUGAAAUUUGGGGACUGAGUACACCAAACACGAUAGAACAGUGGGAUACCUCAGGCCUAUACAGCUACACUGACCAAACCAGAUCCCUGGACGGGCGCCUGCAGGUGUCCCACCGCAAAGGUCUGCCGCACGUAAUCUACUGCCGCCUGUGGCGAUGGCCCGACCUGCACAGCCACCACGAGCUGCGUGCCAUCGACACUUGCGAAUACGCCUUCAACUUGAAAAAGGAUGAGGUGUGCGUCAACCCCUACCACUACCAGCGCGUGGAGACCCCAGUGCUUCCGCCUGUCCUAGUGCCAAGACACACAGAGAUCCUGACUGAGCUGCCUCCGCUGGAUGACUACACCCAUUCCAUACCUGAAAACACCAACUUCCCUGCCGGGAUUGAGCCCCCCAACAACUACAUACCAGAGACUCCUCCACCUGGCUACAUCAGUGAGGAUGGAGAAACCAGCGACCAGCAAAUGAAUCAGAGUAUGGACACAGGCUCUCCUGCGGAGCUGUCGCCGAGCACGCUUUCACCCGUCAAUCACGGCAUGGACUUGCAGCCGGUGACCUACUCGGAGCCUGCAUUCUGGUGCUCCAUAGCAUACUACGAGCUGAACCAGCGGGUCGGCGAGACCUUUCAUGCCUCGCAGCCUUCGCUGACUGUUGACGGCUUCACGGAUCCAUCCAACUCUGAGCGUUUCUGCCUGGGUCUGCUCUCCAACGUGAACCGCAACGCCACUGUGGAGAUGACCCGCAGGCACAUAGGCCGUGGAGUUAGGCUUUAUUAUAUCGGUGGUGAGGUGUUUGCGGAGUGUCUGAGCGACAGUGCCAUCUUUGUGCAAAGCCCUAACUGCAACCAGAGGUAUGGUUGGCACCCUGCGACUGUCUGCAAAAUCCCCCCAGGCUGUAACCUGAAGAUCUUCAACAACCAGGAGUUUGCUGCCCUCCUGGCGCAGUCGGUAAACCAGGGCUUUGAGGCCGUCUAUCAGCUGACUAGAAUGUGCACCAUCCGCAUGAGCUUUGUCAAAGGCUGGGGUGCUGAGUACAGACGGCAGACGGUGACGAGCACUCCAUGCUGGAUUGAGCUGCACUUGAAUGGGCCAUUGCAGUGGCUGGACAAAGUUCUGACCCAGAUGGGCUCUCCCAGUGUCCGCUGCUCCAGUUUAUAGCCAGUCUCAUCAUGGAUGCCUGCUACAUCACCAGAGCAGAUCUUGCCAUCUCUUGGGAACUCACUGAUCACUCCAUCUGAGAAUGAUUGGCUUCAUUGUGGAUGAUCGACUUUCUCAGAUUGUAACAAACUUGACUCAAUUAUGCAGACUUCUCCUCUUCAAUAGUAAAAUAAUCCACCCAGGUGCUUGAUCUCUCUUGUCUUACUUCUGGUGGCUCUUCCUAUGUGUGCAGUCAGGCUUUGCAACUGAGCCAGAAUGCUGCAGCAUGACUUCAAUACAAAUAAAUUUUCACAUUACUCCACUAAUAUGUUCAAUCCACUGGCGCCUUGUAGCGGCAUGUGUCAGAUUUCUAACAUUCAUACUUACCUACAAGGCAAGAAAUGGACCUACUCCCUCUUGCUUCGACUAUAGCCUGGCUUCACCAUCCUUCAGGAUUCAUGAAAGACAAUCAAGACACUUCUCCAUCCUAGCACACAGGUGAACUUCCACUGGCUGUCUAAACAGCAGAGGUUUUUGGACUGUCGCUGUCCUCAAAAGCAAACUGAAGGCUCAUCUCUUUGAUAAGCACUUUGAUUAAACCUAAACGGACACUUAUAACAUUUUAUAUUUGCACUUUACCUGUCUUGUUUAGUAAUUGCACUGAAAUUGUUUUGUAUUCUGUAGUAUAGCAUCAUAUCUCUCAUUCUAGGUUUCAGUACUGACACUUGGUUCUGGCAACAUCUUGGUUAAGGGUAUUUUUGUACUUUAAACCGUUUGCGCUAAGGAUACUUUUAAUAGACAACUAAAGGGCUUGUGUGGUUUAGGGCAUCUACUAAGUGCCAUAAUUGUAAGUUGCUAAGAAAUUAAGCAUUAGCUGUUAGCCCUUGACAUUUAAAUAAGCACCUUCAAAGACUACAAAAAUCUUUGUAACCUUUGAGGAAAAAACUAAUAUUUUUCACUUAUCACUUGCUAGAUCAGAGAUGGGGGAUGUAGCAAGUAAAAAAUGGCCCAACUAUGUUAUUUGUAAUGACCACUAGCUGGCAGCACAUGAGGCAAUAUAGGCCAUUGGGGGCAACAGUUGGAAUGGUGAGCUGUGAUUCUGCAAUGCUCUUUAUCGUCAUGGUAAUUAAAGCUGUUAAACCGAUUAUUACUGUUUUGUAAUGAAUGCUUUUUUUUUUUGUGCCAUUCAGGUUUUGGUUUUUGCUGCAGAAUACUGUAGUGACACCAUUUUGAGUGUAUUUUCAUGUGGCCUAGAGGCAGAUUCAUCUGCUUGUGCAUUUGAUGUACUCAGGCAUUGGUUGUAUGCUCAUGGCAGUUUGGUUUGCUAGGUUGUUGGACAGUGGGGUGUUGUUUUGGAGGGGAGGGGAAAGUCACCUUAACGUCAGGGCAGUGUGUGAUGGGAAGGGUUUGUGGUUGCUCUGACCUCAUGUUGACCUGGACAUGACGACACUCCAAAAAGGUAUGUGGUUAUUUAAGUGCUAGUGUUGGUUUGACCCCGGGGGUCAGGUGGAGGUUGUGGGACAGUGAAACUCAGGGUUUUUAGGACCGGAAGUGAUAUCACCAGCGGUCCCAAAGAUUGGAGGGAUAAGGUUACAUAUUUAAGAUUUUGAAGAUGUUUCAUGUUAUAUAUUUUUAAUGUUCAUUUUUUUUCCCCCCAGUUUUUAUUAUGUUUACAAUGCCUCCAGUGUGUCACAAUUAAGAGCACUGAAUGAGAUAUGAAUGUGACUAUUGGCAUGAUAUAGGCAUGCUUAAUGUGACUCCACACACGCAUUUGGUGCACUAUGGAAGAAACUGUCCAGAGUUCUAAAUGCCUCAUGCAUCAGUGAACUUGCUUUAUAAAUAAAGAUAAGAAUUCAGAGAGACUCUUUUUCAAUGUUCUUUAUACUAUUACACAAUUGUGGCCUAGUUCCCAGUCCAAAAAGCUGAACAGAAGGAGACUCAGCCUUUCAUGCAAACUUAAACUUAUUGAAGAUCUCUGUACUUGGGUUGGUGUGAGUAGAGACAGCUUUAGGGCCUGACAGAGAUGAGAGUUGGAAUGUAGAGGGCCAAACCUCUCCUCACUUGCAGAAAUGUUUGCAGGCUGCUUGCAGGCCCUCGCUAUUAUUCGCUAUUAUUCGCCACACCUCACUCCCACCUAAAAAAUGACAGGGUUGGGUGGGGGAGUUAAAAAAAAAUGUUUCGCUUAAUAAUUGAUGU